UUGAAAGUGUACGAUAAGGACAAUAUUCCUGGACCUGUCAUGAAGAAAAUACGAGAAAAAUACGUCACCAAUCCUGAUUUCAACCCUGACGUCAUCAGAAGUGUUUCAUCAGCUUGCGAAGGUUUGUGUAAAUGGAUUCUUGCGAUGGAAGUAUACGACAGAGUGGCUAAGGUGGUUGGUCCCAAGAAAGAGAAGUUAGCAAGUGCCGAGGCAGAACUUGCUGUGCAAAUGGACAAGCUUAACUUGAAAAGAGCGGAGCUGAAAGAGGUUAUGGACAAGCUGCAAGCGUUAAACGAUGAGUUUGAGGCCAUGACCAACAAGAAGAAGGAAUUGGAACACAACAUCGACUUGUGCGAGAAGAAACUUGACCGUGCAGAGAAGCUGAUUGGKGGGCUUGGUGGCGAGAAGGAGAGAUGGACAGAGACAGCGAAGAUGCUAGAAGACAAAUAUACUAAAGUUACUGGUGAUGUUUUGUUAUCGUCUGGUGUGGUCGCCUAUCUUGGACCAUUUACAGUGGACUUUAGAAAUGUAAGUACUUGAUUCUCUUGUUGCUUU